GCCCGAGCAAAGCCGAAGAUGAUUUUCGCGGGCAGGAUUUUUCGGAACUGAGCACCCCAAAGCUGUGCCGAGCAGACGAGCAGAGCAAGGUCAUUGCACCUUGAGAAUUUUCCUCUUCCCCUAAUUCUUCGACAUCCAACUCCGACCUAGCAAGGGUCGAAAUCAUGGCGAAUUUGCAUUUGGCAGCCAUUUGAGCGUCGUUUAUGCUGUUGCAUGAAACAAAAUCUGAAAUUUGAUGCGAUUUGAAGUGGAUAAGCGGCGAAAAAGGCAUUUCGGAAGGCACGCAUGUUGACAUGGAGACUUUAGGGGCUGCAAGACUGGCCAAAGACUUUGAACGGAUUCGUAGAGAAUGGCAAGCAAUCGAGACACUGCCAAAGCCUUUAAGGGCUGCGGAUUUGGAGAAGCUGAAAAGUCACACCCAGAGAUUGAGCAUAGAAGUAAAGGAAAUCUUAAAAAAUUGUGAAGACCUCUUCAAAUCUGGAGAAAACACCAUUUUUCUCGUAGAACAGUGUACAUUGCUGAAAUUGAGUAUUGAUUGUCAAGCCAUGAAAAUGUUUGGACCUGAUAUGGAGGAGUCUGGUGCUGAAGAUUUUGACCCAACACAAGGCAACAGCGUUGCUGCCAGCUCGACUGCAUUCUCAGAUCACAAUGCAUACGCACCCAUGGGCCGAGGACAGACAAGCGCCGAGAACUCCUUGACUUGCGCUGGGCAACCCCCUCGACCUGUAGGAAGGAUAGUGAAUCAGACUUGUCAAACAUUGCAAAAUAAUGUUCCUCAAAAGCCAGGGCUAAUGUUUACACCGCAGGCAAGAGUGGCAUUUGCUUCGCCACUUCAAUACCUGCCAAGACAGCCUUUUAUUCAACCUGCUGCUCAGCCUUAUUACAAUUACUCGUAUGACACUUCAUUUGGAUACCCCUCUCAGCUCAAUCCGUAUUUUCCUGCGCAGCCUAAUCCAUAUUUUGCCUAUCCACCAAUGCUCAUGCAGCCACCAAAGCCUGUUAAUCCUCCUACUGUGAUUGAAUUAGAAGACUCUGAUGAAGAUGUGAUCCUUUCUGAAGUUUCAACUGAAACUUCAAAAGUUUCCAGCGAAAAUGAGAAAGCUAAUGAAGUUUCAAAUAGUCAGGAUAACGAAGAGAAUCAAGCAGUCGCACCUGAUUCAGCGUCACAUGGCACAAAUUCACCAACUCGCAUCGACUUGACUGAUGACAAUCUUGUUAACAAAGAUGUGCUGGAGGCUCUUGCAGACGAAAAUUUAGAGUUUCCUGAACUUGACAUUCCUAUUGAGAAGCCAAAGAUUUCAGCAACACCUAUUAAAGAUCCCAGACUUGCUCGUCAACAAUUACCCAAAUUGGCGGCACCAACCAAGGAGGCAAAUUCAGCCAUCAAUUUAUUGUCUUUGCUGUCCUCUCCGCAGAAGAGCCCACCGAAAGAGAUAUCCCUUGUCAGUUCAUCGAGUGGUGUGUCUCCACCAAAAAGCAAGAUUUCGCUCUCUGAGUACAGACAGCGCCAGGUGCCUGGCAUUGCUGCUCCUGGUGGAGGAAUAAAAAGGUCUAGCCCAGUGAAACCAGGAACAACCCAGAGAAGGACUUCUGGCAAGUUCAAUCCGCCUAUUGGAACCAACUUAAUGUCGUCGCUGCGCAUCGACGAUGUUGUUCCUCUUGCCAAGCCAAAGCCUUCAAUGUCGAAGGAACCAAGUCGCACCUAUCAAAGGACUUCUCUGCCAACUGAGACUUUGGCCAAGACGCCAAUCGUACCCAAGCCAGGAAUUCUGAAGAGACCAGUGUCGGAGACUUCACUCGCCUUUUGUGCUCAGGAAAGCAAUUCUUCUCAGGCUACAACUCAACCGAGGGUGGUGUUGGAAAGAUCCUCCCCUGCUGCCUCCCAACAGGCCUUGAUGAUAAGCACUGCUAAAGGGAAACAAAAGAGCCCGCCUGGUGGUCCAUCUGCAAGUGCAAACCCAAAGAGGUACUUCAAGGACUACAGGACCAUGCACGAUCCUGAUUACUACUAUGUUACAACCAAUGAAGACAAAACUCGGUGCCUCAUCUGCAGACAAUCAUUUAAAUUAAUCACAAGACACUACAAGGAGAAACACAGUGAUGCUGAGGUUCUGAUCUCCAGGAUUUCGUCCCAUGAUUUGCAAUUGGCCGAGGAAGAGUUGUCCCAGGGAGUGGAACCUCCAAUACAAGGGCAAUAUAGGUGUCGCCUCUGCCCUGCCAUGUUACAAGAUCUCUCCACGUGUGCUGACCAUUGCACUUUUCACACUGGCGAGUACAACUAUUGUUGCUCGGGGUGUCAAGCAUUUAGUUCUCCCUAUAAAGACGGAAUCAAGGCACACUGGCGCAAAAUGCACAGUAACAUUACAGAUGAGCCAAAGACCAUCUCUCUGAAUGCCUACCCUGCUCCUAUUAAGCCAAACAUCCUGCUUGGACAUGUUUGUCCCAUUUGCAACUGGUUGCAACUUUGCAAGAAGAGGGUUGAGCGCCACGUCGAGAGCGUCCAUGGGGUAGACGCUCUUAGAAGCAACAGAAUUAAGUCAAUCAACAUGGUCAUGCACAUUCCUGAUGAGGACGAGGAUGAAAACGUCAAAGAAAAGAUUCCUCUGAAUAGAAGAGUGAGAAGGCGGAAGCCUGUGAAUUACAAGGAAGAUUCUUCUGAAUCAAGUCCGACUUCCAGCAAAAAGAAAAAAGGCCUACCUAAGACUAGCAAGCAGCGUAAAUCACUUGAAGUUGACCAGACCCCAUGUUAUGUAUGUAGGGAGCCAUACCACAUGACUACCAAAAGUUCCGACUGGAUGGAGUGCAUUGGAUGUUGGCAGUGGCUUCAUGUCGAUUGCAGCCCUCACAGUGAUACUUGCCUGAACUGUGGCACCACUGCAUUUGCAAAUAUCCAAGUUCUUCAAAAUUUGGUUGCUCCUGCCGCUGAUAUUCCACAUGUUGCUGCCGAGGUCGAAAUUAGUACAAAUUGAUAUUUUUCCCUGUGUGCCACACUUUUUUUCUCAUUCUUCAAGAAUAUAAUUUAGACUAAACAAUUUUGUUAGUCAACAUUAAAAUCAUUUGAUGAUAAUACUCCCCAAGUUUACAUGCCAUUUUUUAUGGUUUGAAAGUUUGCUUUUUUGUUAUAUAACGUAACGUGAUGGACCAAAAACAAUAAUUUCAUUGUACGUUUAAAACGUAAAAUAAUUUGUGUCAAUGAAUUUUUCAAAAUAAAGUAUUUGAAAUC